AAGACCAUCACUCGACAGCCGGUACUUCUUUUCUUCCUCCUCUUCUCUCAUAUAAUUAUCAGCAAAAUUUAGAGAAGGCGGCUAUCAUUUUCCUUUUUGUUAAUACGCACAACUUGCUAUUAUUUAGUUUAAAUUCAAUUUUCAAUUACAGCUUAACCAAAUCUCUGUGGAUCAAAAAUCUACCCUACAAAUUAUAGUUCGAAGCUUACUAAAGCAUCAAUUUUGAGUAUUUUUCUGAGGAAAAGAAGUAUUUGAUCACUAAAUAAGUUGAAGAAUUUAAAGUUUAAGCAUCUUUGUGUGAUUGGAGUGUAAAAUUUUGAUUGUUGAAUUAAGCUCCUUGUCAAUUUGAAGAACUUGUGAAGAACAAAUUGAAUUUGGGAUAUGGCUUCUUACCGGCCAUACCCCCCACCACAGCAAGCAUCAUUUGCACCUCCUCCAGCUCAAGCCCCACUUCCGCCACUACCACAUCGACCCCAAUCCCUUGGGAAUCAGUAUUCUCAAAAUUGGGGCUCUGCCCCCCCUCCUUACUCUCAAAACUAUGCACAAGCGCCUUCUAAUCCUAAUUUCCAACAUUCAAGUUACAAUGCAGCUAGUCAUCAAUAUCAACAUCCCCCACCACUGCCGCAUCAGCAACAGCAGCAAUACCCAUUUCAGCCUCCACCACCGCCACCUGAUUCAUUAUAUCCGCCUCCACCGCCUCCACCUCCAAGUAGCCAAAAUUCAGUUGAUAAUGCCCAUCAACAGUAUUACCCGUCUUCACAAUACUCUCAAUUCAGCCAACAGCCCCCUUUGCAACCACCACCUCCACCCCCACCCCCACCAUCUUCUCCGCCUCCUAAUUCAUCAGCCCCUCCUCCUCCACCCCCACCAUCAUCUCCCCCCCCUCCACCUCGUCAGAUUAAAGAGAGUGGGGGAGAAAGAGUUAAGCAUGAUAGAGAUAGAAGGGCAGCAAAAGAGGGGAAUAACCACUUUUCGUCUAGGCAGCCGAAGCCUCCAGUUCCUCCUGGUCCUGUGAAGAAAGCUAACGGGGCUCCAGGGAGAAUGGAGACUGAAGAGGAAAGGAGGUUGAGGAAGAAAAGGGAAAUGGAGAAGCAAAAGCUAGUAGACAGGCAUAAACAGCACAUGAAAGAGACACAGAAUCGGCCAAAGCAACCCCAGGUUUUGCCUCCUGGAGCAAAAGCUCAUUUGUCAAUUUCAGGGUCUAGGAUAGGUGAGAGACGGGCUACUCCGGUUAUUGGUGGUGACAGGGAUGAAAACCCGAUGAAGAGGCAGACAGCAUUUAUGUGCAGGAUGAAGUUCCGGAAUGAACUUCCUGACCCGUCUUCGCAGCCAAAGCUUAUGAAUUUAAAUAGAGACAAGGAUAGAUUUACUCGGUAUACUAUCACGUCAUUGGAGAAAAUGCAUAAGCCAAAGUUAUAUGUUGAACCUGAUCUUGGCAUUCCACUUGACCUCCUUGAUCUCAGUGUUUACAACCCUCCCGUAGAGAGAUUUCCUCUUGCUCCAGAAGAUGAAGAGUUGCUACGUGAUGAUGAGGCAGCGACCCCGUUGAAGAGAGAUGGAAUUAAGAGGAAAGAACGCCCUAGUGAUCAAGGUGUCUCUUGGCUUGUUAAGACGCAGUAUAUUUCUCCACUGAGUAAUGAUGGGACCAAACAGUCUUUGACUGAAAAACAAGCAAAGGAAUUGCGUGAAUUGAAGGAAGGCCACAAUGUCCUGCAUAAUUUAAACAAUAGGGAUAGACAAAUUAAAGAAAUCCAAGCAUCGUUUGAGGCUUGCAAAUCACAGCCUGUACAUGCAACCAAGAAACAUUUGAAACCUGUGGAGGUUCUACCGUUGCUUCCUUACUUUGAUCGUUAUGAUGACCAAUAUGUUGUUGCCAACUUCGAUGGGGAACCUACCGUUGACGCAGAGAUGUUCGGCAAAAUGCCCAAAUCUAUUCGCGAGGAUCUUGAAGGAAAGGCUGUAAUGAAAAGUUUUACCGCAACAGGUUCUGAUCCUGAUAAACCUGAACGAUUUUUGGGCUACAUGGUCCCAUCGACAGAAGAGCUAUCGAAGGACAUUUAUGAUGAAGAGGAAGAUGUCUCCUUCUCUUGGGUCCGAGAAUAUAAUUGGGAUGUCAAAGGAGAAGACCCUGAUGAACUCUCAACAUACCUUGUGACAUUUGAUGACGAUGCUGCUCGCUACUUGCCUCUUCCGACAAAACUUGCAUUGAGAAAAAGGAGGGCAAAGGAAGGCAGGACUCAAGAAGACGGAGAGCAGUUUGUGCAACCCGGCAAGCUAACUGUCAGACGAAGAGACGUUACUGCUGUUAUUGAGAGGAAAGAAUCAAUGGAUUAUUCCUACUUCAGAUCAGGCCCAUCGAGAUCAGAAAGACAUGAAUCUGAUAUUGAAGUGGAGGAGCAAGAAGCUAUGGAUCAUGAAGAUGUCGGGGACGAUCAAGUGGGACAUUACAGUGGAGAGGAAGAUUAUAUGUCCGAAUGACGAUGGCUUUCCAUUAAUGGCUAAUCGCAAAAGAUUGUUGGUAUUCCAUUUCUCCUUGAACUCUGCAUUAGAUAAUAACUAAAAUGCAGAUUGCAGAAUAGAGAAUUUUCCUGUAUUUACUUCAAAAAAUCAGCAAUCAAAACAUGUAGAAUAUCACAGCUGACCUUUUUCCCCCCUUUACACUCCCUUAAUUUUUUUCAAGUGUACUAGAUCAUCUGUGUACAAGUUGUAAGAAAAUUAAGCUAAACAACUUUUGAGAUAUACGAGCCCAAUUCCGUUUCUUAGCCA